CGGUCCUUCUGUGUGCAGUCCGCAAGGUGUCCUGCUGUGAUCAGUGUAAGUCUAACCCUCGUUCUAUUGUCAUUUCAAUGCGUCAAGCUUGUGCUUCUUCGUGAAUCUUGAUGUUCAUGGGUGGUCCGUUCCGAUUACCGAGCCAUCCUCUGGACUCUCGCCGGAGAUGGACGUGUUCUCAGCCGUGGUCACCGCAGCUUCACUUGCCGACAUCACCAUUCGUCUGAUCAAGUAUCUCCGAGACGUGAAGCAGGCAGCAGAAGAUGUCGACGAAGAAAUUGACUCCUUGAUCCGCGAGGUCGAGAGUUUACAAGUAGUCCACACCCAAAUCCAAGAAGAGUACGAGCGGCACGUCCAAGAUGCCGCUCUCGACUCGAAAGAGAACAUUCUUUGGUUUCACACCGGCAAGACCUUACAAGAGACCCGACAACUCGCCGUCAAGCUCGAGAUCUGUGUCAGAGAGAUCUAUGGCGAGAACCCCCACACCAAAGGUCCAAUUGACGGUCUGCGGAAGGCAAAUCGAAAACGAUCUAGAGACUCCCGACUCGUGGACAUACGGAACCAGAUUCACACAAAUCAGAACUGUCUUCAACUGUGGUUUUCCAUCAUUUCGAGUGUCGUGGGCAGUGCUCGACAGGAAGAUACCACUGAACGGCUGAAGGAGAUCAACUCGACCGUUAUGGAGAUCGCCGAGUUGAUCGACUCCGGCGAGCUUCUCGCUUCGCAAAACAGUUCUUUGCAGCAGCUUCCAAGCCAUCGAGACUUGAGCAAGGCCUCAGUCGCAGCUCUUUCGAGUAUCGUAGCCUCCGCAACAUUCGUUGAGCAGUCGCUCUCUCGCGAAAAUGUCAAUCGCCACUUUGACACUCCCCAGCUCGUCGACCGAUUCUACACCGGCAGAGAGCAAGAGGCCAAACAAUUGGAAAGUUGGCUGCUUCAGUCCAACUCCAAGAGUUCCAAUACGAAACAAAGACGUUUCGUGGUUCUUGGUGUGGGCGGCUCGGGAAAGACUCAAUUCUGCUGCAAGUUUGCGGACGACAACAGAGCGCGGUUCUGGGGAGUCUUUUGGGUUGAUGCGCGCAGCCAUGAAUUGCUGAAGCAGACCUUCUCACAGAACGUGGCUCAAUACGGCGGAGUCGGAGCGAACGCAAAUGCAGCUCUACACUGGCUAUCUAAUCUGGAGGAGGCUUGGCUUUUGAUCAUCGACAAUGCAGAUGACCCGGAAGUCAAACUCGACGAAUACCUUCCCAAGGGCAGCCGAGGUCAUGUCUUGAUCACCACACGAAAUCCGGCGAAUAAAUCCUACGGAAACGUCGGUCCUGGGUACUAUGAGUUCCAAGGUCUGCAAGAUGGUGCGGCAAGCUCUUUGUUAUUGAAAGCCGCCGGCCGCUCUCCACCCUGGGAUACCAAAAUCACCAACUGGGCCAACCAAAUCUCGAGUGCACUGGGCUACCUUGCCCUUGCAAUAGCUGUUGCUGGUUCAGCGAUACGCGAGGGCUUCUGUCAAUUUCACGACUAUCUGGAUUGGCAUGAAGAGCAGCGACGCCAGAGACCUGGCCGUGCGAGCAGUCCAACUCCAGGCCGUGACGGGAACAUUGAUGAUCCACAACCCGGCAGUGUCGAAGCAACGUUCGACAUUAGCUACAAAGCAAUUGCGGACAGAGGUACACAAGAAUCAGCUGAUGCUCUGCAGCUGUUGAAGACGUUCGCUUUUCUACACUGCGAAAACAUUCGUUUCGCCUUUCUGGAAAGAGCCGUGGUCAAUGCAGCCGCAGAGGCGGAGCAGCAAAAGAAUGAUAUCAAGAAGAUGAACGAAUUGAAGAGAUUCGCAAGACGGCAGAACUGGUCGCAAUGGUGUAACGCACGCCUCCUCUUGGUGCUGACCUACUUGAAUCGCAACCGCUCGCCUCCCGUCCUGCCCACGGUGCUACGCGAUGGGAGACGAGAAGGUCGCUUUUCCAAGAGCCGCGUCCGUGCUGCGCUACGACAGCUGACCCAAUGCUCUUUACUCAUCCACAACGAUCAAAAGGACACCUACUCCAUGCAUCCACUGGUUCACGAGUGGGCACGCGAAGCGCCAGACACCACUUUCGGUGAGCAGGUGGUUUGGUGCGAGGCUGCAGCAAUGUUGCUCUCGUGCUGCGUUCUUCUCCCGCCGCUGGGUACAACGACCGAGGACGAGAGAAUUCUUACGCAGCUCUUACCCCAUGUGGAUCACGUCCGAAGCCGGCAAGCACAGAUUGAACAAUGGAUCAGAGACAAACGCAUGGCCCGCAUGAAGCCCUUGCCCAUCUUCGAGAGCGGCUUCAAUCGAGACCGAGCGCUGAUGUACGCCAAAUUCAGCGUGGUCUACGCCUACAACACCCGAUUUGAGGAUGCCAAGAAGCUGCAGAUUCCCCUCAAAGACUUCUUGCUGAAGGUGGCAGGCCUCCAGAGUCCAGUGACCCGACGGGUGCACCUCGCAUUAGCUGGAACCCUCUUGCAGCUGGGAGAAGGGGACGAAGCAAGCAAGUUGCAGGAGAGCGUCAUCCAGUCCUGCAUCGGAGCUCUUGGGCUGGAGCAUCGGGAUACAUUGGCCGCAAAGCUGAGUCUAAGCGAAACGCGCUUCAACCAGGGACAGUUCAGCGACGCCCGGAACUUGCAGCAAGAGGUAGUGGACGGCUUUCAAAGGAUCCUAGGGGCCGAACAUGAAGAGACGCUCAACGCCAUGGACUACCUGGGGCGCACAGUCAAGUUCUUCUUUCGCGAUGAGGACCGCCGGCAAGCGCGACAGCUCCAUCUAGCUGCUAUUGCUGGUUUCCGGAAGAUAUACGGCGAUGACAACAACAAGACACUGACCGCAUACGAGAACCUCGGCGCGCUUGCUGCAUGGUCUGGCGAGCGGACCGAGCUUGAAGAAGCAAAUGUGACAAUGGAAAGAGUACUGGACAUCCGCCGGACCAAGCUCGGAAAGGAACACGGCUACACGCUGAUGGCAAUGGCGGGACUAGCGCUUGUGAAGAAAGGGUUGGGCCAGUUGUCCGAGGCCGAGACAUUGAUUGGUGAGGCUAUUGCGAUCGCAGAGCGCAAUUUUGGAGCCGCUCACUAUGGCUGUCUGUUUGGAAGAUAUCGCCUAGCCCAGAUAUGGGCUGCGCAGGGACGGUUGGCGGAGGCAGAGAGGCAACUGGUGCAGGUGACGGACUGGCAAAAGAGAAAAUUGCAAGGUCGAGGGUCGAAUCAUCCCGAUCGUAUCGCUGCUUUGGUCGAACUUGCAGCCGUGUACAACGCAUUGGGGAAACAUGACGAAUGUGAACGAACGGCGGAUGAGGCGCUGCACGCGCUUGAUACAAUUUCGACGCAGGAGCAUCCGUUUGCGACGAAACUUAAGGCUGACAGAGAGAGGUGGAGACAGCAGAGGGCGGAGAUGCCAGGGGAGGUGCAACAAGAAACGCAAACAGAGACGCAGCAAAUACUUCUACCUGUUUAAAAGGAGACACGGGCUUUAGUGAAGCCAUGCUUUUCAGCGCUCAGCCACGUCAGCCGGGGCUCCUUUCGAGACGUGGUUGAACAACACAGCUCGCAUCCACGGCCAUUCUGCAACAGCAACGCUGAACAACGCACGACUUAGCUGGGCCAGAUACCAUGGCCUUCGCUCCUUGUCACCUUCCAAAGCGGCGAGCAAUCUUCGAUCAAGUCAGCUUUGGCAGUACC